GGGCCCUGAAUCGACGCGCUCAGAGAUCCCUUAGAACAUAGCACAGCAGUCCACACCUCAAUUGCCGCAAUCGACAACCCCAGCAGUUAGCAACCCUCAGCCAGCGGCCCCACAACCAAGAUGAAGGUCAUCAGCAAGGAAGAAGAGCAAGAGCACUACAGCCGCGUCGUUCGUGGCGGUCUCAUCGGCGGCACCGCAGGCCUGGCGGUAGGCCUGGCCGGCGUAAUCUAUGGCUCGAAAAGGUACCCGAUGAUCCGGCAGCUCACGCUCCCGUUCCGGUCCUUCCUGGUGACAUCAUCGGGCACCUUCGGCGCCAUCGUGGUCGCGGAGCGCUACAGCAUCGAGUACCAGCGGUCGCGCGACGCCAUGAACAACUACCUCGAGGAGACGCACCGGGCGGUCGAGGAGGCGCGGCGCGCGCAGCUGAGCGAGAAGCAGAAGCUCCUCAACUGGGGCCGUGAGAACCGCUACACCAUCGUCUUCGCCAGCUGGAUUGCCGCCAUGGGCGUCGCCAUGGCCAUCGUCGGCCGCAACAAGUACCUCAGCACCAGCCAGAAGCUCGUCCAGGCCCGUGUCUACGCCCAGGGGCUGACGCUCGCCGUGCUCAUCGCCACCGCCGCCUUGGAGACGGCCGACGCAAAGUCCGGCAAGGGCCGCUGGGAGACCGUCCUGGUCGUUGACCCCAACGACCCUACCCACAAGCACAUGAUUGAAAAGAAGAUCCACAAGGAAGACUACGAGGGCCAGGACUUGUGGAAAGAGAUGGUCGCUGCCGAAGAGAGGCGGCUGGGAGAGCAGAAGAAAAACCGU